AUGUGUAUGGUUACCACACAGGGGAAUGUACUCACACAAGUGAAUCAGAAGGCCAACUUCUGCACGAGUGUUCGUAAUGCUGACAGUCCCUCAAUGAAGGUGGAAGGUAUCUGGGCCAGUGAAAUGGGAGUAUAUAUGUGUUUUGGCGAUACCGCUCCCCUGCUCCUCCUGAGAAUCACUCCUAUCGUCCUCCUCUCGUUCCAUGUGGUUGACCUCAUGGUCACCCGGUUGUCAUGUUCUUCGUCCAUGCGGUCGCCCCUACGGCCAUCUCCCGCUCCAUGCGGUCAUCUCUUCAACAUGCAUGAAACCGUCUCCCCAUGUGGACCGGAUGCACAGGAGGAUCUGGAAGCAUAUGAGGAGUGGCGCAGGAAUCGUCAGAUUGGGCCGAACAAGGGUCCAAAAGCCAAAUCUAUCAAGAUUGGUAGUAGAGAGGUCCUACAACAGAUCUUGCUCAAAUUGAUCUCACUGAAACCAGCAAGAGGACAUCAAUAUCAUGAAUGGGUGGCAAGGACAUCUGGGUCUGCCACCAAUGAAGCAGGGGACCUGCUUGGAAGCACCAGACACGGUGCUGAUGAGCAGCACUGCAGGAUGGAUAGAAGGGAUAGAAAGGAUGAGGAGGAGGAGGAGCAGUGCUAA